GCGAGGUGGCGUGCAGCCCGCGUCUGUCGCGGAGAAGCCGGCGUCUUUCGCGGAGAAACCGGCGACGCCGUCGCCCAGAAAUCUCUCAACGAUAGAUGUCGAGACGAACGCGACUCAGCCAGCGGGUCAGUCAGAGGGGCUGACUGCGUCUCAGCCGAAAAGAAGGCAGGCAAAACCGAGGCCCGCCUUCGGAGCCCGAGAUGCUGUCGCUGCGGCCCUCGGACUCUCGGCUGCAGGUGCAGCGCAGUGGUGCUGCAGUACAAACCUCAUGGCGGCGAUGAUGGCCUUUGUACCAACACACGUGAGGAAGCCGGUCUGGUGCCUCGGUUCCGGCACGCUCGCCGCAGCCCUUCUUCUGCUUGUGCGCAUCACCAACCCUUCCCGGGCCGUCGUUAUCAACAGCGUGCUCUCAAAGCUCGUGCUCAACAGGGAGAGCCGGUCGACUCUUCCCUCCCUCGCAUUCGUCUUCAUCCUCGGCAUAAUCGCCGCGAUCAAAGCGCUUCCCGCGUAUGACUUGAAGCUGCUCUGGGCGAGUCUCAGCUCGCUCGCUGUCGUCGUGGGCGCCGCUGCCAUCAAGUUUGGCAAGAGGCCGAGCUUUGCCGAGCUGGUUGAGUGGGCCUUUGAUUCGAUCGCCUCGUCGGCGUCUUCGUCGGUGAGCAGGUGAUAAGCUAAGGCCGCCACUAUACCGCAGUGCCGCCACUAGCACAGAGGAUGCGACGUUGUGACGACGCCUUCGCCCUCCCUUGCCCCACCACUUGGUGUGUGGUGUGGGGUCAGUGGUGUGCUUUCUCAUGAAUAGAAGCCGGACACCACUACAAUCACAAAUAG